CAACUCUAUGGUCAACUUUACCUAAAAGUUGCACUGAAAGACGUAGGAAUUCCUAAUGAGAAUGCCCCACUAGGCAUUUGUAGCUGCUCCAGUGCAGUCCUAUGGUCAGUGUCUGUUGGACGUUGACCACAGAGUUGCACUGGAGGACCUAGAGAUUCCUAGAGAGGUGUCCUCUCAGGUAAAAAUAUGGUGGUUUUGUUAUUUGCGGUAUUUCUAUAUUCACGGGGGGCUUGUGGCCCUAACCCUAGCGAAUAUGGAGGGACAAGUGUACUGUAAAACUCAAACAGCAGUUUACAAAAUAAUACAGUCCCUUUGGGGGCACUCAACCCCUUUUUUGUUUCAAGAAGUCUUUCGGAAUUAACUGCUAAAAGGGAAGACCUUUCAGUAAGGGAGGCCACCCAGCAUGCAUCAGGAACCUGAAGUCACUCCUGAUUGGUCCAGCUACCAGAUAGGGGCAGAACUUCUGGCCAAUUCCAUUGGCCCCAGUGGCCAGAGAAGGUGGGACUUCUGGCCCACUUUUGAUUGGCUCAGUGGGGGCUAGAUAAGGCCAUUUGGCCUUGGAGGCAUCCUUUUGUGGUGAGAGCAUGGGUCAUGGAUCUGGUGGGCAUGGCUAUCUGUGCUGCGGAGCACUGAUUAUCGGGAGUCUUAUGUGGAUCUAUGGGUUCUGGGAUGGAGAUGAAGUCACCAGUGCGGGGGCAAACUGAUCAGCAUCCCCCAGUGACAAGGGGUGGAGAUGUGUACAUGUGAACAUCUGGGUACCACACUUUGUUAUCCCUGGGCCCAGCUGUGACUGGGCAAUGGGGUUCAUCGAUCAACAGUCAGGUUGUUUGAUGCCAGAUCCAGACCCAUGCCUUGGACCACGCCCACCUGUCAGCUGUACUUAAUAAAGUUGUGGCCUUUUCUUUCCAUAUGAUUAUCUGUGUGUGUUUCCUGCUUAUGAUGCCCCCUCCCUUGCAAGGUGAUGUUAUCGUCUGUAUUUGUUUUCACUGCUGUUUUUAGUUGGGUAUGUUUUUUAAAUUGCAUUUAAUUCUGUUUGUAGUUUGAUUAUCAUUUAACCUCUGCAUUUUCAGCGAUGUGGAAUGUUAUCUGAACUUGUCUUUUUUGUAAGCCACCUUGAGUCUCACGGCUGAAAAAAAGUUGUGAUUGAAGCAAACAAAACCAUAUAAAAGAAUGGGGUGAAAAGUAACUCUGGUGAAGUAAGUGCGCUAAAUACAACUCCUUGCCUCUGGGUGUUUCCUAGAGAAGGAAACAUGUUUGACUCAUUGCCUCUGCAAGAAAACAUGUGGAGAUGCAACUCCCUCAAGUAAUGUGAAUCAUUACUACGGACUAAACCUGGAAGUAGUUAAUGCCAUGAGUCAGACUCCAAUCCCUCAUGGCAUGAUUUAAAAAGUCGAAAGUCUGCCUGGUAUAGGAACAGUAGGCUAAUAUUUCCAUCUUGAGGAAGGAGACAAUCAAACAGAAGUCUAGACAAGCCUUGUGAGGAGCUGUCCCUUUAACAUCAUCUUGCUACAACUUUCUCUUCUCCUGGGAUUUGUGACAUCAGCAGGCUUGGCCUUGUGACAUCACCAAAUCCUGCUUUUGAGACUCAGGCUUUGUGUUGCUGGUGUGUAGACCAUUACAGCAGCAGUAAGAUCUGCUGCACCAACCAUCACCAUCCCCUUGAUGGUCAAGGAACAUGGAAGGUGUGCCAGCCACUGGGUUGAAGCAGACAGCUGGUUCUUUAUAAUCAUAAGCAUUGAAAUACUCGCUGCCAUCCUAUCUUCAUGAUCCGAACAGCUCACCUUCUAGAGCACGUCGCUUCUCUGCCAGUCUACCUUCUUUCCUUAGAUCAGGACAACCUAAUGAAACAAACUGAGCAUGGCAUGACAAUUCUCAGCGGUUAAGCAGUUCACCAGCCUGUCUGAAAAUAGAGGAAGUUAAAACAACCACUUCCGCAUCUACCUGUUAUCUUCUGCGUUGUUACGUGUGCAACAUCUUGCUUUUAAAAUGGGCCCUUCAAUAGAAAAGGAACUAAAGUAAGAAGAUAAGCAAACAACAUAUUGUUCCUGGUAGAUCUCAUAAGAGAAACAUCGCUGCACCUAAAUCACAGCCCAGGAUGACUGUGGGAGUAAAUGAUGACAAUAGCCAAGACAUGGGGAUGCUUUAUUACGUGUUGCUGUGGUCCAUCAUCUGUUACUUCUGGUGGAAAUGGAGAGCAGGAGAAACCUUAAAUAGUCUGCAGCUUCAAGGGAACUAUGUCUUCAUCACUGGCUGUGACUCUGGCUUUGGGAAGCUGGCAGCUAGGGCUUUGGAUGCAAAAGGGUUCCGUGUUAUUGCUGCCUGCAUGACAGAAAAGGGAGCAGAGGAGCUGAAAGCAAGUGCCUCUGAUAAGCUCCAGACUGUGCUAAUGAAUGUGACAGACACGGAGAACAUCAAAUCAGUGGUAGAAAAAGUGAAAAAAGAUGUAGGAGAAAACGGUUUGUGGGGCUUGAUCAAUAAUGCAGGCAUCAUGGGACCAUCAGCGCCAACUGAUUGGCUGAAUAUUGAGCACUAUAGAGCACCAAUUGAAGUUAAUUUACUCGGCCUCAUAAACGUUACAAUAAAUUUCCUUCCACUGGUGAAGAAAGCCAAGGGAAGAAUAAUAAAUGUAACCAGUGUUGGUGGUGUUGUGCCAAUAUGUUCAGGUGGUUAUUGUCCAUCCAAAUAUGGGGCAGAAGCAUUCAAUGACAGCUUAAGACAGGACAUGAAGCCCUUUGGAGUUAAGGUGUGUUGCAUUGAGCCUGGACUGUUCAAAACAGGGCUCUCUGACAAAGUCAGAAUCAUGAAGGAAAAGAGGUUAAUUUGGAAUAAUCUCUCUCCUGAUAUCCAAAGGCAGUAUGGAGAAAAUUAUUUGAAGGAUGAUGCAGUCAAGAAAGAACACUUAGUUAAACUAUGUGAGAACAUCGAUCUCUCCCUGGUUGUGAAAUGUAUGGAACACGCUUUAAUGAGUAAACAUCCACAGACACGAUACAGUGCCGGCUUGGAUGCUAAGCUCCUCUGGCUACCCCUUUCGAUCAUGCCAACUUUUGUGCAGGACUAUGUACUAAUGAAGAACAAAGUUAAGCUACUUAAUCCAAAUGCAAGUUAAAAUUCCUUCCUCUGUUUACAUCAAGUUUCCACUGUAGCCUCAACCAGUUGGCUCAAGAUAUGAACUGGAUGUAGCUUGGCCACUACUGUUUGUCUAGCCACAACCUACAAGUAGCAAAUUGUACCUUAAAGCUGUGCAUAUUUAAACAAUGAUGAUAAAAUACACCAGUGUUCAUAGGUGAGCAAGUAUCCAAGGAUCUUGGCAAUAAUCUCUUAUCAUUUCUUGUUUAUGUUAAUAUCACUUCUACUAUGGUCAUAGUAGUGAAGUCAGAUGUGGAUGUAUGCGCACACCAACAUGUGUCAAUUCAAAUAAAUCUUAGUUGAUCCAGA